AUGAGCGAAAUCUUGACAGAUGAGCAGAUCGACCAGCUUUUGGUCGAGGCAGAGGCCCGUCUGCGCGAGAAAGCAGGUCUUUCUUUGACCGCGUCAGGCGCAGACGAAAUCAGUCUUGUCACCGCCGAGGUCAAGGCUAAGCAGAGGAAGCCUCUGCCAAAAUUACGGCAUGGCCUUGGCCAACAGACCUACAUCAAGGACAGCCAGGGAGUCGCCCUGACUAAACCUCAAGCGACGAUUCCCAAGGAACAACGCAAGCUUGCGGACGGAUUGAGGGCUGUCGAAGUGGCUGAGAAGACCAAGAAAAUUAAUGACCAACUCUCUGCCGGCCCCGAAUGGUUUGAUUUGCCCAAGACCAAUCUUACUCCUCAGUUGAAACGCGACCUUCAACUCAUCCAAAUGCGAUCGGUUCUCGACCCUCACCGACAUUACAAGAAGAACAACCGGAAAGGGAAGGUUCCAACCUUCUCGCAAACUGGAACUGUCAUUGAAGGUCCCACCGAGUUCUUCAGCUCGCGAAUCAACAAGAAGGAUCGUCAUAAGAACUUCGUCGAGGAAGCCAUGGCUGCUGAGCAAGAGAACGGCCGGUUCAAGAGGAAGUACAGUGAGAUCCAAGAAGCAAAGACUAGUGGUAAGAAGACGCACUAUAAGAAACUCAUGGCCAAAAGGAAGAAGAGACCUUGA